CCCGGUCCAUCCAUGGCCACCUGACCCACUGACUGUGCGGGUCGGGUGUGUACAUCUGUCUGACUGAAUCAAUAAAUGAAUGUAUGUAGGAAUUGAUUGGUCUUCUGUCUGUCUGUCUGUCUGUCUGUCUGUCUGUAUGGGUGUGUGCAUGAUUCUUUAUGGUCUGAGCACGGGCCUUCGGCGGCCCCCACCACGGCCCCCACCACGGCCCCCACCACGGCCCCCCGGGCCACCGGCACACCCACCACCACCUCCACCAGCAGCCGCACCUCCGUCGGCAGCUGAGGAUGACGCACCGCCACCUGUGGUCACCACGGCAGACGAGAGGAGACAGACACACUCGUGUGGGCUGGCGUGUGGCUCAGUGGCUCCCUGACUGGCUGACCUUCGUUUGUGAGUUUGUCCUUCCACUCCGCUCGUGUCGUCUGUGCGUAGCGCUGCACGUGGUCCACCACCUUGGCCUGACCGAGUCAGCCAAGUGAUUCAAACAAAGAGGCAGGUAGAAGCCGCACACACACACGUCGGUCGACUGAUGAAAGGGGUCUGUCUGGUCUGUAUGUCUUUGUGUGACGGCCGCACCUCAUAGUCUCCUUCUCCUUGGAAGAAGGCCAGCGCCAGGGAUGAGUCGACCGGGUCAACGUAGUCUGCCGGGCCACGCACACGACACACGGCUCACAACAUGAUGGAUGCGCCACACACCCAACCCAGAAAGAGCGUGUGUCUGGUGGCUGGUUUUGAAUUCUUGCCUGGGUUGAGAAGUAGGCCAUAGAUGUGUUCGAGGAUGCUGCGGACCGUGCUGUCGGUCGUGUCUGUAUCACACAAACACACACGCGCGCCCGCGUACGAUCAAAUGAGCCACAGGAGGUGAGGUGCAUCGUAUCGUCAGUCAUCUCGGCGCUGCGCAUCCCUCCCUUCCUUACACGAUCGGCCGAGCACUGGAUGGCAAAUCUUGCCGUAGCUGUUGACAUUGGCGUGCUUGAUGGGCGUCUCAAAACGAAUCUCGGGCGGCUUGGCGGGGUAUUCAUCGGGAAACCUACAAGAAACACAGCACACCACCCAGUGCAGUGCAGCCCAGCGCGUCUAUGGCAUCAUUAAUGCUGCUUACAAGAUGUAGAGCAGCCAGGUGCCGCCUGAGUAGGGCGUGCUCUCGGGGCCUUCCUGCAGCCACACACACAUACACACAUCGACACACCGACCGAUCUGCAGCUUGUUUCCUUCAUCUGCAGCCAGCCUUGCUUCAGUUGCGCACCAUGACGACCCGCCAGAACCCCAUGUCGUGUUGCGAUGGGUACACACCGACAGCAGGGUGGGGGCUCUGCAGCAGACCCCGCAUCUCACGCAGCAACCGACGCACACGCCCCUGAUUCUCGUCACGCCCUGGCCGCACCGCAGCACCGUUCCCCACACUCACACCCCUGCCCCGCCCCCCACUACCGCCGGCCCCACGGUCACCUCUCGGCGUCAGACGGGCUGCACCCGACCGGCCUUCGUUGGCCGCUGCUGCUGAAUCGUCCUCGGCUCUCUUGGUGCUUGCCUCGAGUGCUUGCUCGAGAGUCUUGACGGGCUGGGCGAGCUGGGGGAUGGACCGGCGAGCUGGGACGCUGUCUUCGGUGCAGAGGUCGAGAGGGAAAUUCUGGUUGCUGCCAAACACCUGCUCGGCGAGACGCAUGAGGGCUGAAAGGGGCGGCAGGGAGGUGGCGGGACGCUCAGAGGCUGACGGAGGGAAGGGGCGGUUGGAGACAGACAAAGUGACUGAGUGAGUGAUUGGGGGCUGUGUCAUGUUGUGGUGUGAGUAAGCUGUGUAAGCUAUGCUAUGUACCUGUGAGCAUGACUUCCAGUUCGCACAGUUUGAGUGCAUUCUUGAUUGACUCAGGCUUGAAGCAGUAACCGCCAGUACUCUUGGCCAGACAACGCAACUGAACAAACACAACAGCAGAGCAGCAUAGCAUGGCACAAUCCGUGCGGUGCGUAGACUUGUGACUCUCACUCACCUUUUUAUUGUCGCUUCCGCCGAUGAGCACGGCGUCGAGCAGCACACUCGAGUCACGCAGCUUCUUGGCCUCAACGUGC